AGGGGUUGUUAGCCGGAAUUAUGUUGUGCAAUGAUUGGCUUGGAAGAUGAGAGCUGGUAAAAUUCUUGUGCAAUGACAGGUCAGUGGAAUGGGGGUUGGUAACGGUCCCAAGCAGCGAUUGGUUAGAGGCAAUUUGGUAACAUCGGUGAAAUUGCUACAUUAAACUCAGUGGGAACUGGCGGCUGGUAGGGUUGAGGGCGGAUUAGCUGAUGUAGCUAUUCGUUGGUGUUGAGGGAUUGACUGAGAACGAUCUAGAAGCCCUGGCGUUAUGGUAAUUACAUGAAAGGAACUGUGUAUGUACCUUUUCCCAUUGACUCUUACGCACAUGGAAUGCUUAUUAUAUCGGCUGUAUUAGGAAAGUGACUCCCCCAAAACCCCGUGUAACAAUGUUCAUAUCUCCAACUUGUAAAGAAAGAGGGAAUGGCAUGAAUUCGGAAAAGCUAUCUACCAACUACAUGAUCUGCGCCAACUACCAGAAAGUUCUUCGAAAGGAAAAUGGUGCAAGGGUCCCUCAACCUAUGGCAAGUGGACCAACUGCUUUCAUACCAGAAAAAGAGAUUGCGCAAGACAAUCCUGUAGAUGGACAUCCCAGUUUAUUAUUUCUUGAAGAAUACUCCACCACUGGACACCCUGACAAUACAACAAAAAUCAUGGCUUUACACCCCCAAUACCUAGAGUCUUUUCUCCGCACACAGUAUUACAUACUGCGUAUGGAUGGACCACUCCCCUUUGAACACAGACAUUACUUGGCAAUAAUGGCUGCUGCCAGGCACCAGUGUUCCUAUCUGGUAAACAUGCAUAUAAAUGAGUUCCUGCAGGUGGGUGGCGACAGUGAAUGGCUAAGUGGCUUGGAGUACAUCCCCCAGAAACUUAAAAACCUCAAUGAAGUCAACAAAAUCCUUGCCCACAGACCUUGGCUGAUCACUAAGGAACACAUUAAGAAAUUACUUAAACCAGGAGAGAACAGCUGGUCUCUGGCUGAGUUGGUGCAUGCCAUGGUUCUGUUGGCGCACUACCAUGCCUUGGCAAGUUUUGUCUUUGGAAGCGGCAUUAAUCCAGAGAUUGAUCAAGAUACCAGCCAUGGCUUCAGACCACCAGUUGUCAGCAACUUCUGCAUGUGCAGUAACACCAAUGAGAGCCAUGUGGAGGAUGUCAUAUCUGUGCACAGCAGCCCUGGGACUUCUGACUCGGUCAGUGAAUUGGAAGCUCUUAUGGAGAGAAUGAAGAGACUUCAGGAGGAGAAUGAAGAGGAGGAAGCAUCGCAAGAGGAGAUGGCAACACGUUUUGAAAAAGAGAAGAAAGAGAGUCUUAUGGUAGUCACUGGAGCUUAUGAAGAUGAGUGGAUUCCAACCUCUUGCAUAUCUCGCUAUGUAGACGACCCAAGUUUUGGGUACAAAGAUUUUGCCCGCCGAGGAGAUGAUCAGCUUCCUACAUUCCGAGCGCAGGACUACUCCUGGGAGGAUCAUGGUUUUUCUUUGGUUAAUCGACUUUAUUCCGAUAUUGGUCAACUGCUUGAUGAAAAGUUUCGCAUGGUUCGUAACUUGACCUACAACACCAUGGCAAUACAUGAAGAUGUGGAUACGACCACUUUAAGACGAGCUAUAUGGAAUUAUGUUCAUUGCAUGUUUGGCAUAAGAUAUGAUGAUUAUGAUUAUGGUGAAGUCAAUCAGUUGCUAGAACGGAGCCUGAAGGUUUAUAUCAAGACGGUGACUUGCUACCCUGAAAGAACCACAAAACGCAUGUAUGAUAGCUAUUGGCGGCAAUUUAAACAUUCUGAAAAGAUCCAUGUUAAUUUGCUGUUGAUGGAAGCACGUAUGCAGGCAGAACUCCUGUAUGCUCUACGAGCUAUAACUCAUUACAUGACUUGAAGUCAGGAAAAAAUACUUUCUCCAAGAACUUGCUGGCAAUGGAAGCUGAACCAGUGCUGAUUCUAAAUUUUUGGGGCAGUGACAAUGAAUCCAUUCUAGAAUAUUGUCCAAAACAUUAGCCAUAAUGUGCAAUUUGUGCUGACUGUAGAAAAACUGAAACAUUGCUAAAGUUUAACACUGAAAAGUAAUCUUAUAACUGAUAUCACUUGCCAAAUUCACAGCCCAUUUAUAAUGUGUUUGCCUGUGCAAUUGUUACAGUCAGGAGUAAUGUGAAGUGGUUUGUGAGAGAAAGUGAGCGAAGAAGGAUCUUGGUAAUUUCCAAAAUGUGAAUGAAAAAUGCAAACAUUUCUCAGGUUUUGUUUGCUUUAAAUCUAGCAUGGAUAUUGUUCUCCCUUCUAUGAACUUUUUUUAUUUGCGUUGUAGUUGAAUUCUAUUUGCACAUCUGUCUUUUAUAAGCUAAAUAAACUACAGGAGCUAAAUUAAUCUAUGAUGCAAGAACUGGACCCACUAAAGUUAAAGAAUUGUUUAAAAUAAAUGAGUUUGUUUGAGUGUAUGUUAUCUGAAACUUGUGAAUUUCUGCUUUAAAUACUGACCAUUCUGAACUGUGUUCAAGUCACAAUCAUUUUUAUUCAUACCUCUUCCCAUUCUACAUAGACUAGAAAUGUAAUGUGCAAAAUGUUUUUGUAGAAACAGUGAUAUACUGGUAGAAGUGGUAUACUUUGAGCAAAUUGAAUACAUGUAGUUAGAUUGCUAAACCAUUAGAUUCAUAACCAUUAAUGGACAUUUAUUGAUGGACAUUUAGCAUUCAUUGUUGAAACCUGGAUCAGAUUUGCUUUUGAUUAGCAGGCAACACUUGUAGGAGAUCACAUUCCUCCUUGACUUCAUUGCCCACAUUUGCCUUUGUUGCUGCCAUUAAAUUACAUUGUUUAUAAUUUCCUAAAAUGAAAUUGAUGCUCUGUGAGUUAACAUAGCAAUAACCAAUUGCAUUUGAGCGAAUGGUGGUUGAAAAUUUUCAAAACUAGAUGCGGCGCUGAUUAAAUCAAGUAGCAUGUAUGUUUUGAAGUUGGUAGCAGAAUUCUCCUAGAAGAUGCCAGUGUAAAUCUUUAGUUUGGGAAGGAGGAUUAUUCCUGUUCACCAAAACUAACUCCUACUUGCACUGAGAUAUUAAUUGAGAUAUUAAUUAGGGAGAAACACUUUUCAAUAUGCGAACAGAGGUAGAGCAGAACAAUAUGGCAAUUAUUACAUGUUAUUUAUUUUAGAUGUAUAUUUUGAUUAGUUUAGGAAUAUUGGUGCAAUCAGGAAUAAUAAUUGAAGCUGGCAUAAUAAAAUUCUAUUAAUAUUUUU